CUUAGAGCGCGGCGUAGAUCUGCGUCCACAGGAGAGAAGUCGGAGGCGAGGAUCGCGCCGUCCCACCCCGCCCAACAGCGUCCACGCCGCCCCGGCACCCUUACCCCUGCCGGCCCUUGCCGGGCGCGACCGGCGGCCAUGCAGCCCCGGGGCUGAAGCGGCCCCAUGGCGAAGCCCGCGUCCCCGCGGUCCGGGCAACGACGGCGCAUGGAGAACUUCCGUAAGGUGCGCUCGGAGGAGGCACCCGCGGGGGGUGGGGCCGAGGGGGGCCCGGGCGCCGGCCCUUUCGCGGAUCUGGCGCCGGGAGCCGUUCACAUGAGGGUCAAAGAGGGCAGCAAGAUCCGGAACCUGCUGGCUUUCGCCACCGCCAGCAUGGCGCAGCCAGCCACGCGCGCCAUCGUCUUUAGCGGCUGCGGUCGGGCCACCACCAAGACCGUCACGUGCGCGGAGAUCCUCAAGCGCCGCCUGGCGGGCCUGCAUCAGGUCACGCGGCUGCGCUACCGGAGCGUGCGCGAGGUGUGGCAGAGCCUCCCGCCGGGGCCCACACCGGGUCAGGAGCCUGGGGAGCCUGCCGCCAGUCUCAGUGUACUUAAGAACGUGCCCAGCCUCGCCAUCCUACUUUCCAAGGAUGCGCUGGAUCCCUACCAACCCGGCUAUCAGCCCCCGAACUCCCAUCCUGCACCCUCGUCCCAGCCAACUGCACCGACGUCCAAGAGGAGCCUUGGGGAACCCGCGGCUGGAGAAGGCUCUGCGAAGCGAUCACAACCCGAGCCAAGUGCUACGGAAGAGGACCAGACGGCCUGAGAACUCGUGGAUCCGGGCGACCUAGACCGGCUAGGGCUCACCCGCAGCGCCUCGACCUUGAGAGGUAUCUCCAGCAUUUUACGCCUCGGUGCUCUGGACACAGCUCCUCAGACUGUCAGCUUGGAGCACAAGGCAGCAAGAGAGGAUCCUAGGGAAGCUUCGUAGGUGGUUGCCCCUCCACUUGUGUUGCCUGAAGACGCAGAGCUCCACCUUCAGCUUUUCUGAGCCAUACUAGGACCUUCUUGGGGGCGUGGGGGGAGUGGUGGGCAAUGGGGGUCUUGAGCCUUGGUCAAGACCCCCAAGGGUUAAAGACAUCCAGUUUUUAUGACGGGGGCCUGGAGUGUGGAAGCCCAGGAGAGCUCUUGGAAUCAAUCACCUCCAUCAGUGGCUAAGGGCCCAGGGUAAGAAAGUGACUGCUGAAGGGCAGGGUAGUCUGAACUGGGGGGGGG